AUGGACAUACCACAACACGAAGAACAUGAAGUAGUCCUCGCGGUGCUCAGCACUUGGCUCGAUGUUCACCACUUGGCUGGUUGUACCGAUCCCCUGGACGGCGAAUUCCUUGCUCAAAGCGGUCCUAGCGGAUGCCCAGUGGUCGGUCUGCCUUUCGCCUCAACCUUAGCCGUUACUGUUUUACAGACGCCCGGAUCAAACCCCACGUGCACGUGA